GGUUUUGCAUGUGGCAUGGGUGUUUUUCGUGGUAUACGGCGGUACGAACGGUUUAUUGAUCUGUUGGAUAUGUACACGUAGACUGUUGACAAAUCUGACUGAUGAUAGAGUGAGAGAACGAAAGUUGAUGGGUGCGAGACAUUUGCUGUGAUUUCUACCCAACAUCAGUGAGACACCGGUUCUACAAUCCGUGUGAUUUGUGUUGUUCUAGAAGCCGUUGAAUCGAGUGUCAAACAUCCCCGGAUUUCGCUGGAGUAGCGGUGUUGAAGCAGACUCCCCGACCGUGACUGAGAUAGAGCCGCGUCUCCCGUCCACGAUGAUCCAGGGCUACGGUCCGGUCACUCAGGCUCUGCUUGGGACGUUGUUUACUUGGGGCGUGACUGCAGCUGGCGCCGGCCUUGUGUUUGUAUUCUCCAGUGGGAAAAGGCGAAUUCUUGAUGGCAGUUUGGGUUUCGCUGCAGGGGUUAUGCUGGCAGCAUCUUAUUGGUCGCUCCUAGCCCCAGCCAUUGAGAUGGCCCAAUUAUCAGGGAACUAUGGCGCUGAGGGCCAAUGGGCAUUCAUCCCGGCUGCAGUUGGGUUCUUGUUGGGAGCUGUCUUUGUUUAUGGAGCUGACGUACUGAUGCCAGUAUUGGGUUCACCAUCCACAACACUAGCCUUGCAGUCCCAACCGAAAGCCCGUGAAGAAGAUGACCUCCCGUUGACCUCUGUAUUAAGCAGCAGCAAAGAUGAAGAGGCAGCUCUCACUGAUUCUACAGUAACUCAGAGAAGGCGGAAAAUCUCAGGGGCUGCCGCCAGCCCGAACGGCGACUUGGAACCACAAGGUCAUGACCUCGCGGGUCAAGGGUCAAAUUCCGAGCAGAGUUUCUUGACUUGGAAAAGAAUACUUCUGCUCAUUGUUGCAAUCACCAUACAUAACAUUCCCGAGGGUCUAGCUGUAGGAGUGGGAUUUGGUGCCGUUGGGAAAACUCCAUCAGCAACAUUUGAAAGUGCAAGAAAUUUAGCCAUUGGGAUUGGCAUACAGAAUUUCCCAGAAGGCCUUGCCGUGAGUCUACCCCUGCGAGGAUCUGGUUAUUCCACGUGGAUGAGCUUCUGGUACGGGCAGCUGAGCGGAAUGGUUGAACCCAUCGCAGGGGUGCUUGGUGCCCUUGCCGUGGUGGUUGCCGAGCCGAUUCUACCCUACGCCUUGUCGUUUGCAGCAGGCGCGAUGGUUUACGUUGUCGCGGACGACAUACUACCGGAAGCCCAAACAAGUGGCAAUGGCUUGCUGGCAUCUUGGGGGACCAUUGUUGGUUUUAUUAUCAUGAUGUCACUAGACGUUGGCCUUGGAUAACCGUGAUCAAUCCUACAUACCUCCCUGCUGGCUGACCUCCUCUAUGCAUCUGCACCAAGUUAUCCUUUCGAACAAGACCCAGCCCAGCCCAGACCCCUCUCCAACUAAACACCCCUCUCCUACCAGACCCCCUUUCGAAUGCAACACCCCUCUCCAACCAAAACCCCUCACCAACUAAACACCCCUCUCUAACUAAACAGCCCUCUCCUACCAAACUCCCUUUCAAACCCAACACCCCUCUCCAACUAAACGCCCCUCUCCUACCAAACCCCCUUUCAAACCCAACACCCCUCUCCGACCAAAACCUCUCUCCAACUAAAGACCCGUCUCCUAUCAAACCCCCUUUUCGAACCCAACACCCCUCUCCCACCCAAAGCCCUCUCCAACUAAACACCCCUCUCCUACCAAACCCCUUUUUGAACCCAACACCCAACUUCAUUCCAAUACCCUCUUCCACUUACCAACCCUCUCCAACCCAACACCCCUGUCCAACCCAUUACCCCUCUUUCCCGUACACCCCUCACAAACACAACACCCUUCUCAGCCGAACCUCCUCUUCAACCCAAAACCCUUCUCCAACCCAAAACUUCUGUCCAACACAACACCCCUCUCCAACCCAACACCCCUCUCCAACCCAACAUCCAUCUUCCACCCAACGCCCCUUCUCCACCCAACACCCCUCCACCACCCAACGCCCCUCACAAACACAACACCCCUCUCAGCCAACCCAUCCCCCCUUCCACCCAACACCCCUCUCCAGCCCAACAC